AUCAUCAGGCAAAUGACAACUCGUCAGCUCAAAUUUCCUCUUCGCCACGUACUCUAGAGUGUCUUUCUCGGGCCAAGCUUGCACGAGAGAUCGCAGAAGAGAGUGGCUCUCGCCGUGCGCGUGCAAGGCGAGCGCUGCAGAUGGCAUCCCGUUGCGUGCGGCGUCUUGGGAUGCGUAGCGACUGCAUCUUCUCCCGCGACAAGAACGACGCGCUCCCUGCUAAACCUUUGAUUGAUACAACAGACAAGGUCCGCACACCAUUUCGUCGGCGCCGUGUGCUCCAAAACGUACCUACAUCAGCGUCGAGACCUGGAGUGAUGUUGCACUAUGAGCUUGGAAUUCUCAAACAAUAUGAUCUGGUUGGUCCUAGUUCUCGGACGGCGUCCUCGCACACAUACAUUCACAGGGGGCAGCGCGAUCCCCGAUGGAUCAGCUUGCCACGGCGUCGUGCUAACACUUGAGGGCCAAAAGCUCGGACGACUAGGUAAAGGCAGAGGAUCGGUAGAGUCACACCUCAGAUCACCAUAGAGACGACGAGGGACUAGGUAGGAGGCGUCGACCUCACGAUUGGUGCCUGGCUGCUGGCAU